AUGUGUCGUCCGUAUUUCAAACCUCCCAUGCUGUCCAUGCUGCAGAGAGCACCAGGCGGCCAAUCGUCAGGUUCCAGUAACGGGGGCUUCACUGGAACGAGCGGGCUGUCGAUUCAGUCCGGUGGUGCACCACCAUCCACCCAAUCCGGCUUCCCGUUCUCACAGCCGCAGUCCGUCGGCCUCUCAGGAUCAGGAGGCCAGGCAUCCGUUGCAGCGCGGGAGCUGAUUUGUUCAGCCUCUGGCGCAUUGACUCACUCCUCUCUCGUCCUGCCCUCCCCUACGUGCUCUCUUUUCCCUGCUCUGUGUUCCCUGCUCUCUGUGUUCCCUGCUCUCUGUGUUCCCUGCUCUCUGUGUUCCCUGCUCUCUGUGUUCCCUGCUCUCUGUGUUCCCUGCUCUCUGUGUCCUGCUCUCUCCUUCCUGUUCUCUGUGUUUGCCCGCCAAUGUACAGUCAUGUUUCUCCUUAUGCUGCUCAGCUUCCCUCAGGCUUCAGAGUUUCUGCUGUGGGUGUUCAUCGGAGCGUUUGUAGCAGCCAUGCUGCGAGGCCUCUCCCUCUACCGCCAUCUAGCCGACCAAGCGAGAGCCCAGCGUGCCUUUGCCCGCCUCCUCGGCCUCCCCCCUUCCUCCACCUCCUUCCUCCUCUCCAAUCCAUCUGCGCUCGCCUCCCCUUUCCCCCCCUUUGGGCCGCCGUUCUCGAGUCUUCCCUUCCAGCCUGCAAGGGGUGCAGCAGUCCCACUCUCCGACCUCCCCUCCUUCCCCUCUCUCUCCCCUUUCCCCGCCUUUCCCUCGUCCCUCUCCCCUUCCAUCACCCCGUCCUCCUCGUCCGGAAAUCUUAGCCAAUCCACGUCAGCAGCGGCCAGGUCAGCAUCGGCUUUAGCUGGAGCUGAGUCAGCACGAGAUGGAGCAGCAGCAUCUGCUUCCGCUGCCCAACGUGUGCACGUGCAGCAGCCACAGGCACAGGCACUAUCAGAGCUCGGUGGGGAGUGGUUUGGAGUGGGGGAGAGGGGUGGAAGAAUGGAGGACGGGUCGUUGCUUGCUGCAAGAAUAGGCUCUUUGCUGGCGCUCAUGCACAGGGAGCUGCAGGCAUCAGACUAUGAUCUGCUGCGUGCACUGGAUGCGGACAACACUCCAUCUGUCCCUGCCCUGAGCGAUGUCGAGAUUGCUCGCUUGCCUGCUUUCCCAUACAAGCCAAAGAGGAGUCGAUCAGUCAACCCCUCGUUCAUCAUCUUCACGAACGUCGGCAACCCGCAUUCUCUCGGCCAGAAGCCGAUGACUUUCCCUCGCCUCGUCCUCGCUCUCGCGGAGGCGCCCUUCCUGAUGGAAAACCCCGAGACCGCCAAGCUCUUUCCAGCGGACGCCAUUGCUCGCGCUAAGAAGUACCUCUCCUUCACCACAGGCGGAAUCGGCGCGUACAGCGACUCCCGCGGACUGGCGGGCAUCCGCAAGGAGGUGGCGGAGUUCAUCGCCAAGCGGGACGGCUUUCCCUCCGACCCCGAUAAGAUCUACCUCACGGACGGCGCCAGCAAGGGAGUGGAGCGCAUGCUCAACGUGCUCAUCCGCAACGAGAAGGACGGGAUCCUGUGCCCCAUCCCGCAGUACCCGCUGUACUCCGCGUCGAUCGCGCUGCUGGGCGGCACGCUGGUGCCGUACUACCUGGACGAGAGCCAGGGCUGGGGGCUGGACAUGGCGGAGCUCAAGCAGUCGUGCGAGGACGCGCGCCAGAAGGGCACCGAGGUGCGGUGCCUGGUGUUCAUCAACCCCGGCAACCCCACGGGCAACUGCCUGUCGGAGGAGAACCUCAAGGAGCUCGUCAAGUUCUGCGUCGACGAGCGCCUCGUGCUGCUGGCCGACGAGGUGUACCAGGAGAACGUGUACCAGGACGAGCGCCCCUUCCUCAGCGCCAAGAAGGUGGCGAUGAGCAUGGGCGAGCCGUACGCGUCCUCACUGGAGCUCGUGUCCUUCCACACUGUCUCCAAGGGCACGUUUGGGGAGUGCGGGCAGCGCGGCGGGUACAUGGAGGUCUUCAACAUCGAUGAGGGCGUGUGCCAAGAGCUCUACAAGAUGUCAUCCAUCAGCCUCUGCCCCAACCUGUGCGGCCAGCUCAUGGUGGGCCUCAUGGUGAACCCCCCAGCUCCUGGUGAUGCUUCGUACGAGGAAUUCACAGAGGAGAGGAGCUCACGCCUGGCCUCUCUGCGUCGCCGAGCGCACACAGUCACAGAGGGAUUCAACAGCUGCAAGAACGUCACCUGCAACUUCACAGAAGGCGCCAUGUAUUCCUUCCCCAGGAUCAACCUGCCUGAGAAGGCCCUGGAGGCCGCCAAGGCAGCAGGCAAGGCGGCGGAUGUGUUCUACUGCCUGCGGCUGCUGGAGGUCACAGGCAUCACUGCCGUGCCGGGAUCUGGUUUCGGGCAGAAGGAAGGGACCUUCCAUCUGCGCACAACCAUUUUGCCUAGUGAAGAGAAGAUCCCAGAGAUGAUGGCCAAAUUCAAGAAGUUCAAUGACGAGCGAGGAGCUUCCGCGGUUAGGAGAGCUCUAAGCGGGGGUCCGAACCGCAACCGCGACGAGAAGAAUGAUCCGGGGAAAGUGAUCGAGUUUUCAGGGUCUGACGAUAGCGACGCGGAAGCAGCGACCAAGGAAAAAUCCACGGGUCAGUUGGACGACAUUGGCGCGGAGCUAGCUCGCCUUAGGCAGGAACGCGCGGCAGCGGAAACAGCGGCGAAAGCUGAUGAAGGAAUCGGCGGAUUUUGGCGUGGCGUGAUGGAAGAGACGCAGAUGAUUCAAUGGCCGGCUUUCACGUCGGUCUUAGGAACGACUGGUGUGGUGGUUGUCGUCAUCGUUUCCUCCGCUGUCGUCCUGCUGACCGUCAAUGCUCUGCUAGCCAACUUCUCAGACGCUCUUUUUGAAUUGCCAGCAGUCAGGGAGGUCUGGCACCUGUCUGGUUUAGGUGAUGUUGUGUCCACGAUUCUCAAGGGCGCUGACGUGGCAAUAGCUGCCUGCCGGCCAGUCGCUCUCUCCGCGAAAUGCGGCCCGUCGUUCCCGGUGGUGUCGGCGCAGGCCGUAGCGGAUGUCGCGGCGCCUGCUGCGGAGUCGUCGCGGCCGACCGGGCUUUUGUCCGGAUCGGACCCCGCGUGGAAGCUGGGGACAGCAGAUAAGGCGCGUCUUAAGACGUACUAUGAGACCGCCGUGGUUCCCGCUAUGCUCGCAGAGUUCGGUUAUGCGAACCCCCAGGAGGUGCCACGUGUCGAGAAGGUGGUGGUCAACUGCGGCAUUGGCGACGCGUCGCAGAGCGCUAAGACCCUUGACAGCGCGGCCAAGGACCUGGCGGCGGUGACGGGGCAGCGGCCCGUCGUGACGCGCGCGCGGAAGGCUAUUGCGGGGUUCAAGCUGCGCGCGGGCGUGCCCGUGGGGAUGGCGACCACGCUCCGCGGACAGAUCAUGUACGCCUAUCUCGAUCGUCUCAUCAACCUCGCUCUUCCCCGUAUGCGCGAUUUCCGCGGCGUCUCCCGCGGCGGUUUCGACGGCCGGGGCAACUAUUCCAUGGGCCUGGCCGAGCAGACCCUGUACCCGGAAAUUCGAUUCGACGAGAUUGACAAGACCCGUGGGAUGGACAUUUCCAUUGUCACCACCGCUAAGACUGACGGGGAGGCGCAGAGGCUGUUGGAGUUGCUUGGAGUCCCGUUUAGGGAGGGGCCGGUUCCGGUUAAGGAGGCGAAGAGCAAGGGGAAGGGGCGGGGGCGUGGGCGUGGCGGUAAGCAGCAGCAGAAGAGCAAGAAGAGGUAG